AUGAGAUCCUACGUGUUCAUUUGUUUUCUUUUUUGCAUAACAACGACAUCAAGUGAAGUGACACCUGUAGUACAAUGCAUUGGUCAGCAGUUCGAUAACUUGCAAGAGAGAAUCGAAGUAUCACCAUGUGGGAAGGGCCGGUGCAAACUGAGUAAAGGAACGAACACAACUGUUACCUUUAAAUUUAGACCAAAAAACCCCAUAAACACUCUGACUAACGAUGUCUUUGCUGAUAUUGCUGGUUUACCACUACCGUUCCUAGGCGUAACCGGUUCCGAUGUCUGCCCUUACGUGACGAGAGCCGAAGAUGGGACUCCAUCACCUUGUCCACUUGCCGCAGACCAGGAGUACGUAUAUACAAACGUUAUACCCGUCGAAGCGUUUUACCCUCAAGUUAAUUUGCGGGUUCACUGGGCACUUAAUGAUGGAACCAGUGAUGUCAUUUGCUUCGAAGUCCCUGCUAUUAUUACCGGAGGAAAGAGGAAGCUUCAAAUUGUAUGA